AUGAUAGGGACCAACUACUUAGUUCCUGAGGAAAGCACAACCAGUUCGCAGCCAGAAGAAACUACAACUGAUGAGGAUUCAACAGAGGGACCAACUACUUUAGUUCCUGAGGAAAGCACAACCAGUUCGCAGCCAGAAGAAACUACAACUGAUGAGGAUUCGACUGAGAGACCAACCACUUUAGUUCCUGAGGAAAGCACAACCAGUCCCCAGCCAGAAGAAAGUACAACUGAAGAGGAUUCGACAGAGGGACCAACUACUUUAGUUCCGGAGGAAAGCACAACCAGUCCGCAGCCAGAAGAAAGUACAACUGAUGAGGAUUCGACAGAGAGACCAACCACUUUAGUUCCUGAGGAAAGCACAACCAGUUCGCAGCCAGAAGAAACUACAACUGAUGAGGAUUCGACAGAGGGACCAACUACUUUAGUUCCUGAGGAAAGCACAACCAGUCCCCAGCCAGAAGAAAGUACAACUGAAGAGGAUUCGACAGAGGGACCAACUACUUUAGUUCCUGAGGAAAGCACAACCAGUCCUCAGCCAGAAGAAACUACAACUGAAGAAGAUUCAACAGUGGGACCAACCACUUUAGUUCCUGAGGAAAGCACAACCAGUUCGCAACCAGAAGAAACUACAACUGAAGAAGAUUCAACAGAGGGACCAACUACUUUAGUUCCUGAGGAAAGCACAACCAGUCCCCAGCCAGAAGAAACUACAACUGAAGAAGAUUCAACAGAGGGACCAACUACUUUAGUUCCUGAGGAAAGCACAACAAGUCCGCAGCCAGAAGAAAGUACAACUGAUGAGGAUUCGACUGAGGGACCAACCACUUUAGUUCCUGAGAAAAGCACAACCAGUCCCCAGCCAGAAGAAAGUACAACUGACGAGGAUCCAACAGAGGGACCAACUACUUUAGUUCCUGAGGAAAGCACAACCAGUUCGCAGCCAGAAGAAACUACAACUGAAGAAGUUUCAACAGAGGGACCAACUACUUUAGUUCGUGAGGAAAGCACAACCAGUCCCCAGCCAGAAGAAAGUACAACUGAAGAGGAUUCGACAGAGGGACCAACUACUUUAGUUCCGGAGGAAAGCACAACAAGUCCGCACCCAGAAGAAACUACAACUGAUGAGGAUUCGACUGAAAGACCAACCACUUUAGUUCCUGAGGAAAGCACAACCAGUCCCCAGCCAGAAGAAAGUACAACUGAAGAGGAUUCGACAGAGGGACCAACUACUUUAGUUCCGGAGGAAAGCACAACAAGUCCGCAGCCAGAAGAAAGUACAACUGAUGAGGAUUCGACUGAGAGAACAACCACUUUAGUUCCUGAGGAAAGCACAACCAGUCCCCAGCCAGAAGAAAGUACAACUGACGAGGAUCCAACAGAGGGACCAACUACUUUAGUUCCGGAGGAAAGCACAACAACUCCUCAGCCAGAAGAAAGUACAACUGAAGAAGAUUCGACAGAGGGACCAACUACUUUAGUUCCUGAGGAAAGCACAACCAGUUCGCAGCCAGAAGAAACUACAACUGAAGAAGAUUCAACAGAGGGACCAACUACUUUAGUUCCUGAGGAAAGCACAACCAGUCCCCAGCCAGAAGAAAGUACAACUGAAGAGGAUUCGACAGAGGGACCAACUACUUUAGUUCCGGAGGAAAGCACAACAAGUCCGCAGCCAGAAGAAAGUACAACUGAUGAGGAUUCGACUGAGAGACCAACCACUUUAGUUCCUGAGGAAAGCACAACCAGUCCCCAGCCAGAAGAAAGUACAACUGAAGAGGAUUCGACAGAGGGACCAACUACUUUAGUUCCGGAGGUAAGCACAACAAGUCCGCAGCCAGAAGAAAGUACAACUGAUGAGGAUUCGACUGAGAGACCAACCACUUUAGUUCCUGAGGAAAGCACAACCAGUCCCCAGCCAGAAGAAAGUACAACUGAAGAGGAUUCGACAGAGGGACCAACUACUUUAGUUCCGGAGAAAAGCACAACAAGUCCGCAGCCAGAAGAAACUACAACUGAAGAAGAUUCAACAGAGGGACCAACCACUUUAGUUCCUGAGGAAAGCACAACCAGUUCGCAGCCAGAAGAAACUACAACUGAAGAAGAUUCAACAGAGGGACCAACUACUUUAGUUCCUGAGGAAAGCACAACCAGUCCCCAGCCAGAAGAAAGUACAACUGAAGAGGAUUCGACAGAGGGACCAACUACUUUAGUUCCGGAGAAAGCACAACAAGUCCGCAGCCAGAAGAAAGUACAACUGAUGAGGAUUCGACUGAGAGACCAACCACUUUAGUUCCUGAGGAAAGCACAACCAGUUCGCAGCCAGAAGAAAGUACAACUGACGAGGAUUCGACA